CUGGCUCGGCUCUUCUGUGCAGCAGAACUUGAUCCUUGGUCCUACCUGUUCCUCCGUCUACGCUCAGCUUUGUGAAUGGUGCGGCAGUCCUCUGGGACCUGUCAUGUAUCUGCAGUCUCUGGUCAUCUCCUGUACUGUGUCCGCAGUCUCUGGUCAUCUCCUGUACUAUGUCCGCAGUCUCUGGUCAUCUCCUAUACUGUCUGCAGUCUCUGGUCAUCUCCUGUUCUAUGUCCGCAGUCUCUGGUCAUCUCCUGUACUGUGUCCGCAGUCUCCGGUCAUCUCCUGUACUGUGUCCGCAGUCUCUGGUCAUCUCCUGUACUAUGUCCGCAGUCUCUGGUCAUCUCCUGUACUAUGUCCGCAGUCUCUGGUCAUCUCCUGUACUAUGUUUGCAGUCUCUGGUCAUCUCCUGUACUGUGUCCGCAGUCUCAGGUCAUCCCUGUACUAUCCUCAGUCUCUGGUCAUCUCCUGUACUAUGUCUGCAGUCUCUGGUCAUCUCCUGUACUAUGUCCAUCAGUCUCUGGUCAUCUGUACUAUGUCCGCAGU